AGCCAUAAAAACGAUGCUAAGGAUUGCCAAUGAAGCGUGGAGAAAGAACGCCAUCAGUGUGACGUCACGUUCAUCAGGUCCACACGGUUGCGGUGUUGACCUUUCAUCGCAGGUGAUCGCGGGGAAAGGUCAACGCUUUGGGAACCUUUUCCGAGUUGGUUACAAAGAGAAAGGAACAGGCAAGUAGAUUAAAGGCUACCUGACCUUAAUAAACAGACACCUCAGUUGACGACAGGGAAUUAGCCCUUAUGAUUCCAUCAGACGACACAGAUAUUUUAAAAAAUUCUUCGGAGGUUAGCCACGUUCAUCAAAUGACGUCAAACACAGAAGGAUCGUUUGAGAUACUGGCUAGUUCACGGCAUGGCCAGCAGCGAGUCCCAAGAGUAACUCACAAACAAACUUUAUCAAGUACAGAGUUCUCCUAUAGAUCUAAGGAUCACCACUCUACAGCGGCGACGCCACUCUCUGUCAAUAACAAUACUAGUCAAGAUAACAAAGGUAUACAAUUAUUAACAUUACCUGAAAGUAUAUUAAAGAAAAACUUAGAUAAAUCUACUUCAAAAUUGUCUAUUAACGACAUGGAUCUAAUAGAUAAAAACUCUUCAGAAUUUCAAACAACUAUUUUACAUCGAAGUGAGAAGCCAUCACUUGUUUUGCGCGUUACCGCGAGCAUUGUGUCAGAUCCAAAGGCAGUUACAACACUUCACAUGAAAAACUUAGAUUCACAUAGUUCUAACAGAAUUAUUGCAAAUGGCAACGAAGCAAAGGAUACUUUCAGCUCAAAACCUAAUGACGCUACACAAAUAAAAACGCCGCAAAGAAAUAGUUCUUCUGUAUUCAGGCUGCUAAAUUUUGCAUCGGCGUACUUCUGGGUGGGUCCUCUGGUGACUGUUUACUGGUGCAACUCCUGGCAUAUUCCUGAGAACUACCUCUUUCCGACUAACCCAGUGACCUCAGCUUGGAUCUCUGGAGCCGUCGGAUACACCAUCUUCUUUUUGGGUUACUUCCUACAAGACGUGAUGUCAGAUGUUGCCGUGCGUCAGCAGAACAGGACAGUCCAGUGUGCCAUCAUUCAAGCCUACACCUACGUCAUGUGCUGGGGAAACGUCAACCAGUGGCGAUGUGUCUGGGUGCUGCUGGACGAGUACACUGGGGCGUACCUUCUAAAUGCAGCCCUAACAUGUUCAUUGGCUUCGGGGUUAUUGCUCUUGCUGAGGGCGCAUCGGACGAUAGCCUCGGCACCCUCUACUGUACGAAUGGACCUGCCUGUAAAGGAGCAUUUUAAAAUGAACACAUAUUUCGAAAUUCAAUCAGGUCUGCACUUUAAAGCUGCUGACUCAGCGUUUACGGUGCUGGUCAUUGACACAGUGGGGAUAGCCGUUUGGAGAGGAUUAUGGGAAGUGAUGGACUUCACACUGACACCAGACGACAAAACUAUGAGCGGAGUGUGGAGCCUGGUUAUCAGUUAUGGCCUAGCCAUUACCUUGUUCCUAUCUCAGGACUAUGUGACAAGAAUAUCUUUAGCAUUAGAAGGCCAACAUUGGAUCGUAUCUUUAAUUUUUGAAGAUUUUAUCACAAUUCUUCACUCUGUUGUUACCAUCAAUCACUGGAGAGGUCUGUGGACACUCAUGGAUGUUUACCUGCCAUAUAAACCUGUCAGCUACUGGGUGUGUCAUAUAUCAAGCUUCGUUCUACUAGCCGUAGGGAUGGCAGCUACAUCCAUACCGGUUCUUGGCUGUAUACGAGACGGUAGAAUUCAACAAGGGGAGGGAAUCGUGUUUGACCAUUUCUACCUCACACAUUUACAUGAGUUGUGGACCCUAAGAAAACCGAUCUAUCACGUGACUGGCAAAAAGGAAAAGAAUACUAAAGAUGAAAUGAGUUCAACAACCAACAAUAACAUGGAUGUUUGCGUAGAUAUGUUGUAAAAUAAUUUGGAACCUAUACAGCUUGAAAACUAUCGCUUGUGAGGCGCUUGCAAGAAUGUCAAACUAGGAGAGGAAAUGACGCCUUAAUGAUGAGCCUGAAAUGACCAGCUGGCAUAAAGAUUGGGGGGGUUGGCAUUAAUUUACACUCAAUGAGCUCUUCCAUAAGUCUUAAGACUAUCAUUUUUGGAUAUGUUUGUAGUACUUUUAGAUGUAUGAGUGUUGUGAUGAUAUUUUGUUUAGCACACUAUGGCAAACCUGCAAUGCUGCUCAUUUCAAACUGCAAUCGGAAACCGCCAUUCCUUUGGACAUAUAAGCUGCAUGGAAACGGGGAUAUGCCGUGUGGGGCUUUAUGCGGUGUGUGUGUGUGGGUUUAUGUUGUAUGGCUGAGAUACUUUGUGGGAGCUUAUGAUG